UCGGCUCAUUGUACCCAACGGCCCCGCCAUUGGCGCAGCGGUAUUCCUCGGAGACGACGGCGAAGCGGAUUCAGUCCUUCGUCUCGGCAGUCUCGUCCACUUGACUCUGAAUGGCGGCACAAACUACGUCCAACUGAGGGCGAUAUUUGACGACAACUGUGAGUCGCAUCGUCUGCGUGUUCUGCGUGACACGCGCCUUCUGCUCGCCGUGCCGCUCGAGGAGGCGCACGUGGAGGGUCCUGGAAAAUCUCUGCAGCCGGAGACUCCGUGCACCAAUCCACCUCUGCGCUGUUUCAAACCAAUCAAAUUUAGCCCUCAGGGAAGUUUGGCUUGCGUGGCCUUUUCGAAACCUGAGGGAUCCAUUACAACUCCCGGAGACACGAUCAUCCUGUGUACAACCAUAACGGGGAUAAUGAUCGUCCACUUUGCCUCCGAUACUCCACUCAAAAGUGCGGUUUUCGCCAUUGAAAAGCUAAAUCUUCCUGCAUAG